UCGCAAUAACGAAUGUGAAUUCAUAAUUUAUUUUGUUUUCUUUCAAAUUCUCAAAAUUUUCACACUUACAUUUCCAAAUUCCAAAUUUUUACCAAAUGCCACUGUCGACACUCUUCAUUAUUUUUGCAUUCAUCAUUCCAGAACUACUAGGAGUCACUGAUAAAACAUAUGGAGCGAGAAGUGCCAAUAAAGGGGAAUUCCCUUUCGCCGUUUUUAUCUAUGGUAAUUUGUUCUGCGGCGGGAGUCUUAUGACAAUGAGUAAGGUUUUAAGCGCUGCACACUGUUUUUUUCUCUGGGACCGAAACGAUAGGAAAGUUUACCUUAAUAUAAAAACUGCAAAAGUAAUUGGGGGAACGGUGAAUUACACGGACCGGUCAGACGGUUACCAAGAAAGGACGAUAAAACAGUACAGCCUUCACCGGGGGUUCCAGCGCCGGCAGGAUGGUAGCUUCUUCCACGACAUCGCGACGGCAGAACUGAGCGAACCUUUCGUCCCGAGCAGCACACUGCAGCCCAUGAAGAUCGUAUCAAGAAACAAGGAGGAAUUCAAGAAGGCCUGGGAACAAUUCGUCGUAUCCGGAAAACCCUGUAUGGCUAUGGGAUGGGGGGUUACAGAUUACCCAAACACCAAGGGUGAAGUCCCGUCAACGGUCCUGAUGGUCAUCGAAGUCAAGCCGUGGGAAGAGCGCAGAUGCAGAGAAACGGCGUGGAAAGCCGAAGAUUUGGUGACUAAAUUUGGUGAAAUAUGCGCUUCUUCUGGUAAACAGGGCGAAGCCUUUUGCGACGGCGACUCAGGCAGUCCGUUGGUUUGCGAAGGUUAUGUGUACGCUUUGGCCACGGCCAAUUGGGACUGCAUCGACAUCACUUUACCACAGUACUUCCUCCUUUACUGGUUUUAUCUCGAUUAUUUCGAUUUUAAUGAACGGAGCUAUGCCCUAUACGGACGAACCGGUGUUGAGUUCAGUGUCAUUGUACUCAGUCUCCUUCUCGUUCUAAACAACUACGUUUAAUUUUUUACGUACACAAUUUAACACAUCUAUACACAAAAAUUCGCUUCUUGAUACUUUCAAAAUACACUCUUUCAAUCACA